AGCUUCUUGUACUGACGUGACCUUUCAGGCAGAAUUUAGAUUGAAUACUUGUGCUGCUGCUGCCUGUUGCUGAGUGGAAGAGAACAGAAAAGCCUGGAUUCAAACCUCUGUUGGGCUUUUGUUUUACUUUUGUUUCCUUUCAUUUUGCCUUAAGAAGAUGAACAAUGAAACCACAACCCUGAUAUCCUUGAAGGCCGCGAUGAAAAGGUUGCUAAGAGCUACCGGGAGGGAACAGGCAUAGAUUAGACCACAAACUCCAAGCUGUAAAAGCACAGUUUAAACAACUAGACUUCACCAAGGAUAAUCUGACACAAAAAUUUGAACAUCAUAGCAAGAUGUUGGCAAGCCAAGCAGCCCAAGAUGAGCUGUGGACAGCAGUUUUGGCACUCAAGUUCACUUCAAUGGAAUUGAAUAUUAUAUAUAGCUAUGUCAUUGAAGUACUCAUCUGCUUGCACACUCGUGUACUUGAGAAGCUGCCAGACCUGGUAAGAGGUCUUCCCACCUUAGCCUCUGUCCUUAGACGAAAAGCCAAGAACAAGUGCAUUAGAGGUGUGUGGGAGUCUGUGCUGGAGGAGUGUGGGCUGCAAGAAGGAGAUAUCUUAGCACUUUGUACCUUCUUUAUUGCACACGGUAACAAGGCAGAACACUACAGUGCCAAAGUGAGACGGGUGUACAUUAGGGAUGCCACUUUCAUGGUCACAAACAUGGUAAAGAACCGGGCUCUGCAGGAUAGUUUGCUGAGAGCUGUUCAGCUCAUUGACAAGGGGAAAGCAGUGGCAGCCUCUGAAGAACAAAAGUCAUCCCUAAAAGAGUUGAUACCAACAGUCAAAAACUAACCUGUUACCUUAUGACCUAGCUAUUCUACUUUCAGUAAUCAAUCUUGCAAAUGGGGAAGAAUGUGUAUAUACAAUUUUGUUAUGGACUUAUUUUUAUAGCAAAAGUUGGGGGACUAUUAGAGAAAUUAUGAUAAAUUGAUACCAUGGGUACUUUCUGUGUAGCCAUGUGAAAAUGAAGAAUCUCUGUGUUAUUAUAUAAUGAAUGAUAUGGGGUUAUCACAAAGAUGUGCUGUUUGAAAAUAUUUCCAAUACAUAUUGUUAAAUGUAAAAAGGGAGAAACACAAAUACAUACAUACAUAUAUAUAAGCUAAUAUAUCCAGAAAGUUUAUAAACUUCUUCUGGAGAGUACAUAAGAACGUGAUAAUAUUGGUUGUCUUAGGGAAGGAAACUAGAGCUAGGGGAUUAAAAGUAGGAGGAAGUCUUUUUACUGUUAAUCCACAUGUAGAUUUUAAAUGUUGAACAAUGUGAAUGUAUUAUCUAUUAAAAGACAAAACCUCAAUAAAAA